CUCCUUCCCACGCAAACCGAGCUGUCAGCAGAACAGUUGUUCAGCUUGACCGAGGAGACACCGCUGCUGAGCUUCAAGGUCUGAGUAUGUGUAGAGCUGAUCAAUGCCAAGAGAUGUCCUUGCUUGGAUUCUUCAAGCUGAAUGUUCUGGAGGUGUUGUGGACUUAAGAUGACAACUGUGAUGGGAGCAUUUCACAGAGUCAUGGAGACGAAGGAGCAGCCCACAGGAGGGCCUCAUUUUGUGGGGAAGAAGGAUGAACUGAUUGAAGCGAAGCACUCUUUCAGAACAUUAGAGGGUCGGGAUAUACUGAUCAUCCACCACCAGGGAGUCUUCUAUGCUAUGGACUCUUACUGUUAUCAUUCUGGGGGACAACUGCAGAAUGGAGAUAUUGAGGAAAUUGACGGCAAGCUGUGCAUAAUUUGUCCAAACCACAAGUACAAGAUCUCUCUUGCCAAAGGGGAGGGCAUAUACAAGGGCACCAACCCCAGGGAAAAGCCACCUGUGCCCAGAUGGUACUCCAAGGGUGUGAAGCAGCGGACCCACACGGUCACUGAGACCAACGGGGAAGUCUAUGUCAAGCUCUCUCGGGACACGUGCUGGAUCGACUCAGACUACUACCAGGGAGAGAAGGGCAAGGUGGAAAGGGCCAAAGCUGAGGCAGCUGAGAAGGAAACAUCUUGAUAGUAACACAAAUGGAUGAGGAUGAGGAUGGCAUCUCUAUAGUCUCUUCUGGUCUCUCCUGAUCUCCUCUAAAUGACUGCAUGAUGACUGUAUAGAGAGGCUGUCAGAUGUUUAAUGACAUGUAGUUCAUGCUCUACCUCAAGUAAUCAGUAGGGCUUGCAUGGCCUUAAAAAUACGUCUUGUUUUUAAUUGUUGUUUGGUAGCGUUUAGAAUUUUAAAUUGCUUUAUUUGUGGCUUGCUAGUUGUUUACAUGAUUUAAAAUGUUUUACUAAAACAUCAGGUCACAUGUUGCCAUGUUAUGUGGACGUGUACAUCUCAAAACCAUCACGUAGUUCAUUCAAUAAAUUUUUCUGGAUGAAUUUUGA